CCUCGAGGCAAAAUCGUCCGUAGCGAUCGCGAUUGAAGCCUUCGCGGUCCUCAGUGGUGCGGAGCCGACUUAUUCUAUCGGUGCCUCGCGGUUGGCCCGCCAGCGAUAAGCGCCGGGCCGCCAAGAUAGCGCAAACCACACCAUGCUGAGCAGCCAGCUAAAGCAUGAGCCGCACGGCUGGCUGCUGCAAGCGCUCGCGGGCGACAGCGGUGCUGCGAAGGGCAGCAGCGGUGCCACAAAAACCACAACAAACGGGGCCGACGCGAAGCGCCUCGCAGCGCUCGAGAAACGCGUCAAAAGAUUGGAGGACCGAAGGGCCGGCGGCGCGCGCACGGCAUUACGAGCCGCUAGAGCGGCCACCGACUGCGUCGCGACGCGGUGGGUCCCCGACGACUACUAUGGGAGGUCCAUGCGCGACCGUAGUAAACUUUUGAACUGCGACGUUCGCCAGAUGUGCAAGUCGAUGCUGCUCGAGAACAAACAAUGGCGCGGGACGGACGAGUUCGACCCGAGCAACGCGAGAUUUUACUUGGUCGUGGUCCAGUACGCGGCGACCUUUGAUGCCGGGAGGUUGCGAAGCGCGCUCGUGGAGCGCACGAAGCUGCCGGCGAAGGCGUUCAAUUUUCGGGUCGCCGACGAGGCGGACAACGACAGGUUGUCAGGCUUCAAGCACAACGCCGUGACGCCGUUCGGCUUUGCCGAAUCUAGAGUUCCUGUCGUGCUUUCCGACGCGGCGUCGAAGAUGGGGUUCAUCUGGAUGGGCGGCGGGCACGAGGCCUUUAAAUUAGGCGUGCCGGUCGACGCGUUCCUCGCGUGUUUCAAGCCCUGGGUCCUGGACUGCUCGACGGCGCGCGACGAGCGCGAGUGGGACACUGCAUCAAAACCGGCCGGGAAGCCGGCGAAGGCCAAGGCGCCGAAGGCGAAACCAGCCAAGACAGCAGCUGCGGCCUUCGAGGACUACGGCGACGCCGACGACACGGCCGCUUCUCGUUUGGCGCUCGUGGUCGGCAAGAUUGUAGACGUCUGGCCGCACCCCGACUCCGACAAGUUAUUUUGCGAGAAGAUCGACUGCGGCGAGGCGUUCGGGGGCGUACGGGAAGUCGCGUCGGGCCUGCAGAAGCACUAUAAAGUCGAGGAUCUGAAGGAUCGGAUGGUCCUCGUCGCGGCGAACCUCAAGGCGAAGAAGCUCGGCGGCUUCCCCUCGCACGGCAUGGUGCUCUGCGCGUCGACGGCCGGCUCGCUGUCCUUCGUCGACCCGCCCAAGGGCGCGAAGCCGGGCGACGCCGUCGCGUUGCCCGGCCUUGCGAACCCGCCGGCGAGCGAGGCCCAGGUCGACAAGAAGAAGCUCUUCGCGAAGGCACAGCCGCACUUCGUCGUCCGCAACGGGACCUGCUACUACAAGGACAAGCCGUUCGAUAUAAACGGGGCGCCGUGCACGGCGUCGGUCGCGGACGGCGCGUCGAUCAGCUAAAUUUUAUACGUAUAUCAAUAGUUUAUCACAGUUUAAGAGAGAAGCGCCGCGUCGCUGGCGUGAAAGUGGACGAGGACGUGGGUCUAGGACGUGGGGAGACACACAGAGGGGAGUGCACGUCGAUGGCGUCGAGGCGGACGUAUACAGGGACGA